UGAUUAGUUUUGUAUGGGAAUCAUCUUGGAUGUGUAUCUAGAGAAAGCUAAUGAGAGAAUGGGGGAGGGGAGAUAAAGAGAGAGAAAGAAAGGAAGGAAGAAAGAAAGAUAGAAAGGACGGGGAGUUGAGACAGGAACAGGACCUCAGGUGCAGCCCAAAGAGGAGGGCGGGGAAAGUGGGUGAGCGCGAGUGAGGGAGAGAGGCUGGCAGCGAGGGAGGGAGUGUGUGAAACACAGAGCGGGAGAGAGAGGGAGAGAGAGAGAGAGACUGAGAGACUGAAAGGGGAGAGGCAAGUGGAAGCCGCUCGCAGCAUCUCUUGCCCACUGCACCAGCGGUAUAGCUCUGCUCAUUGCCUCUGCGUUACUUGCCCACACCACCCUUCUUUCUGUUCUGCGUUUUUGUGUUCAUCUGUUUUUUUUUUAAUAUUGUCCUUUUUCAAGAGCGUCUAAUGUAAAGAAUUAAUUUCCUUAUUUGCUGAUUUGGAUCCCAGUGGGUGCGUAACAUUCAGCGAGGGACCGGUGUCAGGCUUGAGAAGCUCGUAGGUCGCUGGGACAGCUGACUGAAGACAAUGACAGCGGUGCCAUCCGGAUUCCUCCCCCUUUUUCAUCUCCAGUAGAUUUUUUUGUUAUCUUAUGUUGUCGCUGCUGCGUAACAGAAAACCCUUUUGACAGAACAAAAGGAGGGAAAUCAAAAGGGAGACUGCUGCAUGGACUUCAACAACACUGACACUUGAUUCAAUCCAGGCAUGUGUCGGUAAUAUCAGCGGCACACUGGGCUACCGAUAUGAGGAUAUAUAGAGUUUUGUUAUCACUUUUUCAGGAAGAAAUACCUGGGAGAGUACCAGGGCACAAGUUUGUUUAGAAAGGGGGAAAGAAGGAUGCACAUAUCAUGAUUUGCCCCUUGUUCAGGAUACCUGAGAAGAUUUUCCCUAAGGAGCAAAGACACUCUAGCCUCGUCUCAUCUCAAACAUGACUUGAUUUUUUUCCUCUUACCCUUAUUUCCAACACAAGUAAAGUUCAAGAAAGUAUACCGAUUUGGAUUAAGCAAACAGAAACUGUGAGAUGGUACGCAUAUAAUAUGAUCCUGAAAUUUUAAUUAUUUUCUUUUCACCCUAGUCAGAUGACUGUGGGCUGUAAACACAGCAGUCUCCAAAUGGUCUGCGGGAACAAGAGCUCUGACACAAAGUUCCACAGAGUGCUCUGUGUUUAUCUACCAUGUGUCUGUGUUUGGAUUUUGGACAAUAGAAAGCUAACGGGGGGGGGGGGGGUCCAGACAGUGGCCGUGAGGUCCACGUUCCAAAGGCCACAUUUAGAAGCGUAGCGCGUGUGCUUAUGUCUAACCCUGGAAUGUGCUAAAACCAGUGAAACUUUUACAGCUGGGAUUUUAUGCAAAUCUACAAAAGAUCCCUUGAAUUUUGCCCCUGUGAGGACAGCCUAGGAAAUUAGUAGACGCUGAUGUUGCAGCUUGCUGUCGGGGGAUCUCUCACAACUCCCGUAAAUGUUGACAACCGACUGGCUGUCAACACUGCCAUGCUGCUCUUUCGCUCACCAUUUUCAGAACCAGUCGUCCUUUUUGGGAAGGAAACACAUCUGCCUGGCUAGUACUGGACCUUUUUGAAGCAUGACUGAUUCGAGAAGAGAAGUGGACAUUUUUUCUUCCUUCUCUCUUGCGGGCUAUAUUGAUUUUCGUCAGUGCUCGUUGAGACCAAGGUAUGUGAAAGGCAGAGGUGAAAUGUAAAAAGAAAGUAGAGAGAGCUGUGUUUGCUGAAGGAGAUUACUGACAAGGUGCAUACAGGGCUUCGGUUACAAGCCAUCUGCACUGAGUGUAGAACUGAGGAGCCUAACCCGGCUGGAUGGGGUCCAGGACAAUGAACCAAUCAGGACUCGUCGAACCAGUCCCAGCUGGAAACAGCAGUUCUGGCUUCAUUGUGUCUCUGAACCACUCUUGUCCUUUGGGCUGGGCACAGAACGAGGGCAUGGAGGCUUGUGUCUUAGAGACUGCUGUUAUUGUGCUGCUGACAGUGCUCAUCAUUGCUGGGAAUUUGACGGUCAUCUUUGUGUUCCAUUGUGCCCCUUUGCUACACCACUACACCACCAGCUACUUCAUCCAGACCAUGGCCUAUGCUGACCUGCUAGUGGGGCUAAGCUGCCUUGUGCCCACUCUCUCCUUGCUGCACUACCCAGCUGGUGUCCAAGAGCCCCUCACCUGCCAGGUGUUCAGCUAUGUAAUCUCUGUACUCAAGAGUGUCUCCAUGGCUUGCCUGGCUUGUAUAAGUGUAGAUCGCUACCUGGCCAUCACCAAGCCCCUCUCCUACAACCAGCUAGUGACACCAUGUCGUUUGCGCUGCUGCAUCAUCCUGAUUUGGAUCUACUCUUGCAUUGUGUUCCUCCCAUCCUUCUUUGGCUGGGGCAAGCCCGGGUACCACGGGGACAUCUUUGAGUGGUGCGCCAAUUCCUGGCCAACCUCAGCCCUUUUUACUGGUUUUGUGGUGUGCCUCCUGUAUGCUCCAGCAGCUCUUGUGGUGUGCUUCACCUAUUUUCACAUCUUCCGCAUCUGCCAGCAGCAUAAUCGGGAAAUUAGUGAACGGAGGGCUCGCUUUCCCAGCCAGGAGAUGGAGGCUGGCGAAGGGGGGCAUCACACAGGCCAUGGGCCGGACAGGCGCUACGCCAUGGUACUCUUCCGUAUCACCAGCGUUUUCUACAUGCUCUGGCUUCCCUACAUCAUCUACUUUCUUCUGGAGAGCUCCCACGUUCUGGACAGCCCUGCACUGUCCUUCGUCACCACCUGGUUAGCGAUCAGCAAUAGCUUCUGCAACUGCGUCAUCUACAGCCUGUCCAACAGCGUGUUCCGGCUUGGGAUGCGUAGGCUCUCCCAGACGCUCUGUUCCUCCUGCUCUUUCAGCCCUUGUGCUCAUGAUGACAAGGACUUCAGAGAGCCAAAGCCCAGGAAGAGAGCAAACUCAUGUUCAAUCUGAAUCUUGCUGGAGCUGAACUUAAGCUGCUAAACAUUAUAGGAUCUAUCGAAGAAGAAGAGGAUUAAUUGAAAUGGUUAAUUUCAACAGUGAUUUAAGAUUGUUGAUAACUGUCAAAUAAAGGUUUCCACGUAGUGGCAUCACACCAAAUUGUAUCAAAACUCCAUGCUGGUGGAUGGGCAUUUUCAGCAUAGAUUGACUACAUUCCUUGUAAAUAAUAAAGUGGCACCUGCCUUGCUUCUGUAAAUAUCACUAAAUGACUGGUGGGCAUGACUUGAUGAACUGUUUGACACAAAGUUUUUAGAACAUUUGUAAGCAAAAAUGUGGAAAUGUCAAAGCAGAAGUCAACUUCCCCGAAAGAGUAGGGACCAGUUUGACUCCCCUGUUAUUGAUGUCUCUCUCUCUGGAUGCAGAUGGCACCUUCUGAGUCAGGCACAUGCUCAUUGUUUAUAUCUUGUAGAUGUUUUUAGAUUCUGAUGAAUAUAUUUUUUACAUUCAGUUACAUUCUGUACCAAAACGGCUGCUAUACAAAGAAGAUUGUGGCUUAAGGACAUUGUUCACAAUUGAACUGUUUCUUUUUUGUCAUUCCGAGAAAGGUUUCCAUCAGAGUAAAGGUGCAGAUUUAUGCCACAAUCAUGCGCUUUCCUCUCAAAGACCCUUGCUAGUUUUCUUAGUAUAGCACAUUGUGUCUUGAAUUUAGAUGGACUCAAAAGCAGGUACAGCAAAGCCUAUUACAAGGUGUUGCGUAGGAACGUCUGAGUUGAACAAGGUGCGGCAAAGGGCAAGAGCAGUUGAUCCAAGACAUUUAUUAAUAUGCAUUCCAAAUUUUGAUCUUUUUUCGUAGAGAUGCUGAAAUAUCACAUAUGCACAAUAUAAACAAUGCCUGUAGUAGUUGUGAAUUGUACCUUAGUUUUCAGUGGUGUAUACCUUGGCUGUAUGUAAUUAGACCUGCCUGUCUGCAGUGAUUCUGUGACCCCGUAAAAACACACAACACAGCAGUUUUUUUUGUUGUUGUUUUUUUUUUUUGUUUAAUCAGCAGAAAGUUCACUUGAAGUUCAUGUUUCCUGGUAUGGAAGCAGGGGUCAUUUUGUUUGCACCUGUAAUUUCCAUUAUAGGUUUAUCUCUGUCUGUGCCUAAGAUGUUUUGGAAGAGAACUUUGUGUAAUAUUUUUUUAAACAACUGUUUUUACUUUUAUGCAGUAGAUUUUUUUUCUUAAUUUGUUUCAUAUGAAUAUGACUUGUUUUUCUUAUCUUUUGACUAGUUAUUAUAUUUCCAUAAAUGUAUUUUUUUAAUUCAGUUUUGCUAAAGGUGAUACAGCAAAUCAAACCUCUCCUUUAAUCACAAAAAUCAAGUUCAUUUUCCUGUACUGUACUGUGUAAAAGUCUAAGACCACCCUUCAUUAAUUUAAUUUCUAGUUGAAAUGGCCAUUUAGUAUAAGUUAUUCAUUUUUCAGUAUUGGGGGGAAAAAGCUAAGUGUUCACUGUGUCCACCUUUCUUACAGCUUCAAUUAUUUUUUUUGGUGACUUGCUUUCAGUUUUUCAGAGAAAUCUGCAGGGAUUUUUUUUUCUAUACCUCCAAGUUCAGUCUUAGAAGUUGGUUGCAUUUUCUGCUUCUCGAAAUCCAAGUAAUCUAAAACCCAUUCAGUGAUGUUCAUGUCUGGACUCUGGAGUGGUCAGUUCAUUGUUCUAAGAACACCAGCAGCUUCUUUGUUUGAUGUGCAGUUUUUUUUGUCGUUUCUUUUUCACAGUAAUGACAUUUUGACACCUACACAUCUUUUCAGACCCAUAGCAUCAAGUUGUUCUUUUCUUUCUCAAAAAUAAAAGGUUUAAGUGCUGUAAAAUGGUGACUUGUUGGGUGGUCUGCCAGGUCUUGCACAGUUGUUAGGAGUCUUUUAAUCACUUUUUGAACUCCAGAUUUGGAAACUUUCCCCUUGAUUGAUUGACUAUCGAACAUCUAAUCUACUAAUACAUUUCUAAUGAAUAACUUGUAUAAUUUGGCCAUUAGGACUGAAUAUUAGGUAAAUGAAGGGGGGUGGGGUCUCAGCUUUUGCACAGUGCUCUAUCACAUAUGCUUCAUAGUCCUUUCUUUCUUUUGCCUUUGCAAGUGAUGUAUAUUCAGCAAAAUAUAAAAAGGUUUAGUACUGUCAUUUUCUUCAGUGCUUAUAUUUUUCUUCUGUUGCUCUUUGCAAAAGUUUUAUAUUGUUUAACCCAUUUCACCUUUUGUCCUCUUCGGUGAUUUGACUUUCUCUAUACAAGACGGUCUACAUAAAUAUAAAUUAGAUGAGUGUAAAUGUUUUGUUCAGUAUUUUGAAAUUGAGUCUUCAGCAUAUUUCAUACUCAGUCAUACAUUGAUUGAGGUCAACAAUGUAAUGACCUGAAGACAGUUGCUUCUAACAUCCCAGAGAAUUUAAACAGUAGCUGACAUCUUUGUGAAAUGUGGUUUUAUGGGGAAAAAAGCUUUAUAUUUAUUAGAGUGAUGUUUUAACGGCUACAUGAGGAACAGUUUCUGUUUUCUUGUCCAUUUGGUCUUAGCAUCCUUUAUUUGCUGGUGGAUGUCUGAACCCUGUAAAAUAAAAAUGCUGGACUUUACUGCUCUUUACAUCCCAGAAAAACAACUAGCCUAGUAGAUGUGCAUUAGAUAAUAAGUACUAAAAAUGAGAUGAAACGAGAAAAAGCAAACCAUAUCUUUUGCCUUGAAGUGCAUUUCUGAGGGCAUCAGUUGCUUUUGAAAUUAGAAGACUACUUUAAACAAUUCACUAUAUAUUUAUUUAUUUAUUUUGUAAUGUGCGAAUGGAUAUGAUACCUGAUAAUUGGAGUAUUUAUGUGUAGCUGUAUUUGUAUUUCUCUACAGCUAGUGUACAUUCCCUAAUGCAACUGUAUGACUCUAUCCAGUGAUGGCACAUUCCGUAGUGUAUGUGGAACUAGAUCGCUGAUGUUAAUUUAACUGUUCUUUUUUAUUUUUUUGUUUUGUUUUUUUUUUUUUUUUUUGUCAGGGAAGACAAUAAAUUAAACAGUAUAUAUUUUUUUAUUUUGAAAAUUUUGUGAGAGACUAUGGUUUUGCUGUUGCUGCCAGUAUAUUAAAAGUGAGCAGAGAUUA